ACCCCACAAGAUAUGACAACCCCACAAGAACGACCUCACAAGACCACUUCAGGACAAGACCACCAGUUCUACAACUCCGCUAACUCCAGUAUCCAGGAGAACAUCACCACCCUCACCACCCUCCACCCCACUAUCCGACAACUUGGUGACCUCCCUUGUGUACUCCACACUUGCCCCGACCCCAGGAAUGUUUCCCUAAUCUGUGGUGGUGGUAGUGGACAUGAACCUGCUCACGGUGGUUAUGUGGGAGCUGGUAUGUUGACUGGAGCUGUGGCGGGGAAUGUCUUCGCUUCUCCUUCGUCCACGCUAGUGUUGGAGCUGAUUUUAGAGGUGACGGGAGACGCUGGGUGCCUGGUUAUCGUUAAGAAUUACACAGGGGAUUGUUUGAAUUUUGGGAUAGCUGUUGAGAAGGCUAAGAAGAUGGGGAGGAAGGUUGAGAUGGUGAUAUGUGCUGAUGACACCACUCUACUCGACCAAGACACACUGGCUGGACCACGUGGUCUAUGCGGAGUGCUCUUCAUUCACAAGAUAGCAGGCGCAUGUGCUGCCCAGGGACACAGUUUAGAAGCGGUAUACAGGGUCGCUCAGCUUGUUGCAAAGAAUGUGGGCACAGCUGGAGUAGCAGUGUCACCCUGCGUGCCACCUGGCAAAGCACCAAGUUUUACUCUCCCUCCAAGUACUAUGGAAUUUGGUAUUGGGAUUCAUGGGGAGCCUGGCGCGUUACGUUGUGGCAGUAUAUGCUGCAAGUCCACCGUCGACAAGCUGUUUGCCUAUCUCUCUGAUGAGAGAGGGAUGGGUCUCAAAUCUGGGGAAGAUGUGGCAGUUAUUGUGAACAACCUUGGCGGUACCUCAGAACUGGAGAUGGGCGUGGCAUGUCAGGAGGUGGUGAAAUGGAUGGAGCUGCAGAAUAUAACGUGUUACCAGCUUUAUUGCGGCGUCUACAUGACGUCGCUUGGUAUGCACGGUAUUUCACUGUCAGUUAUAAGACUGGAUAAGGAAGGUACACUUCUGGAAAUGCUGCACUACCCAACUUCUGCACCUGCCUGGAAACCUGGUUGCGAUCAAGUCAAACUGCCCCAAGUCCCACAUCGCAUACCAAAAGCACCCAAAACGUACACCCCCAAAGCAGGAAUACUAAACGACAGGAUCAACAAAAUCCUUUCCACAAUCUACACAGACUUACUCUCAAAAGUAAGUGAGCUAGACGAACUAGACAGACAGGUUGGUGACGGUGACUGUGGGUCCACUGUGGCGGGAGUUGUAAAACAGCUCCAAACCAGGACCCCUCAUCUGGACUACUCCUCCUUCUCCCUCCUCCUAACCCAGUUGUCUGACAUAGUUGAGGAACACAUGGGUGGAACCUCUGGUGCACUGUACACUAUUGGUCUGACAGCUGCUGCUGGACAAGCUAAACUCUCCGGGGACACGUCCUGUGAGGAAGUUACUGUUAGUGUUUUGGCGUCGUGUUUGGAAAGUGCGCUGAGCGCUGUUGUGCGCUAUGGUAAAGCGCAGGAGGGAGAUUGCACCAUGUUGGAUGUGUUGUACCCGGUGCUAAGGGUCAUGCAGCUUAACUCCACGGCGCAUAUGACGACGGUGACGGCGCUGUGUACGCAAGUUGCUGAUACAGGGGUGAUGAAGACGGCUACGCUGAAGCCGCGCGCGGGUCGCGCAUCAUAUAUCAGAACUGAGGACAUUGACGCUUGUGCUGAUCCUGGUGCUGUGGCUGCUGCAACCUGGGUUAAAGCUGUCUGUAAAUGUUUUUACCUUGAUGAUAUUAUGAUCUAAAAAAUAAAUAUGUGAUAGAUAAAUUUGCAAUUUGCAUGGUUUUUAUUGUUUAAUUUUACUUUAAUUUCGACAUUAAAAAACGCGGGUUCUUUGGGUUUUUACAAAGUUAUAGGUUUUAUAAUAGUUGUUAGAUGAUGCUCUAAUACGUGUUUUAGUGAUGUUAUUCUAAUAGUUAUGAAUUUUACUAACCUUUCAUCACGUCUGUUCCACCUGUUGGGACCUAUUAGGCUAUUUUCAGAAACAGUUAUUUUUAUUUUUGCGUGCAUAAAUUUAUAGUGUAUUGAAGUAUUGAAUUCCGAUGUAUAGUCCAAUAAUUUUUACAUCUUUUUAACAGUU